UCUUCUUCUUUGGUUCCAGAGUAAAACCUCCUGAACCAGAAGCUGCUUCAAAAUCCAAUCGGCGCCGGGAAAGUUUUCCGAUCGAUCGUCUCCGAUCAGAAGCCGCAUGGAUUCCGCCGUCGCGAUCGUGGUGGCGUCGCUGGUGGUCGGAGCCGCGAUCGCGCUCAUUUUCUUCGGCAAUUACUUCCGCAAGCGGAGAUCCGAGGUCGUGUCCCUUGCCGCGGCGGACCUCCAGCCGCAGCACAAGAACCCGGCGAAGCCUCCUCAGCCCGCCGCCAGGAAGAUUCACGCCAGGUCCAACGCUCAUGGCGCUGAUAAGGAUAAAAACAAGAGGCAUCAUCCUUUGGAUCUGAAUACUUUAAAAGGUCAUGGUGAUUCAGUCACAGGGCUAUGUUUCGCUUCUGAUGGACGAAGUUUGGCAACAGCUUGUGCUGAUGGUGUUGUAAGGGUGUUCAAGUUGGAUGAUGCUUCAAACAAAAGUUUUAAAUUUCUGAGGAUUAACUUGCCUGCUGGAGGCCAUCCAACUGCUGUUGCAUUUGGUGAUGAUGUAUCAUCGGUAAUUGUGGCAUCUCAAAAUUUGUCUGGUUGUUCUCUGUACAUGUAUGGAGAGGAGAAGCCCAAAAAUUCGGACAGCAAUAAGCAGCAGCCUAAGCUACCUAUGCCUGAAAUCAAGUGGGAGCAUCACAAAGUACACGAGCAGAGAGCAAUAUUGACCCUUUCUGGGGCUACUGCAAGUUAUGACAGUGGCGACAGUAGUACAAUAAUUGCAUCUUGUUCAGAAGGAACUGACAUCAUAAUAUGGCAUGCAAAAACUGGGAAGAUCUUGGGGAAUGUCGAUACAAAUCAAUUGAAAAACACUAUGUCUGCUAUCUCGCCCAAUGGGCGUUUUAUUGCUGCCGCAGCUUUUACUGCCGAUGUCAAGGUCUGGGAGAUUGUUUAUUCAAAAGAUGGUUCUGUGAAGGGUGUUACAAGAGUCAUGCAGCUUAAGGGACACAAGAGUGCAGUGACUUGGUUAUGCUUCACUCCAAACUCAGAACAAAUAGUUACUGCAUCGAAGGAUGGCUCUAUGAGAAUUUGGAAUAUCAACGUUCGAUAUCACCUUGAUGAGGAUCCAAAGACUUUAAAGGUGUUUCCAAUCCCAUUGCAAGAUUCAAGUGGUGCUACUUUACACUAUGAUCGCCUCAGUCUAUCCCCUGAUGGAAAGAUACUGGCAGCAACCCAUGGUUCAUUGUUGCAGUGGCUGUGCAUUGAAACUGGAAAGGUUUUGGACACAGCUGAAAGAGCUCAUGAUGGUGACAUCACAUGCAUGUCCUGGGCGCCACAGAGUAUUCCGACAGGCGAUAGAAAAGUUGAUGUUUUGGCGACUGCCAGUGUUGAUAAAAAAGUGAAGCUUUGGGCAGCCCCACUACCCCAAACCUCAUAGAUGAGUUAAUACAGGAGGCUGAUAUUCAGCAUCAGAACAAAGUGAAGGUUGCUCUGGCGAAUAUGCUUUGCCAUUUGAGGUGCAUUGUGGGGUUCUAACUUAUAUCCGAGCCAAGUCACUCUUCACAAGAAACCUCUGGGUGUCCUAUGGAACGUUCUAACACCGUCCGUUCUGACAGCAUCCGGACAUACAGUCCGUCCUUCGACAUUGUUAGUCUUUCUUUAAAAAUUUUGCCGAUAAAUUUGACCUAAUACAGGAUCUAACAGGAAGAGUUUGCUGUAUUCCUUCUGUUUAUUUGUCUGUUCUUUGGGGGGAAUAUUGAGAAGGUUGUGCCUGAGAUGGUGGCUGAACUCCGAGGUGACGACAAUCUAAUGUAUCUGAGCCGGACUGAUCUGGGCGGCUCAAUCGAGUGCUUUUCCUUU